AACGCGUAUGCCAUUCAGAUUUGAGAACGCGUAAAAACUACGAGGAAGAUUCCGUUUCUCCUCUUUUCUCUUCUCCUACCCAUCUCCUUUUUCUCGAUGUCUGCGGCUCUCCUUUGCCACUGACGUGCCUCUGUAUCUCUCUGCUCUGCCACUCCGGUAUGGUAUUUCGGUUCUUGUGUCUUGUCAAGGACAGGCUGCCGAAACCACAGAUUUCGUAAUCUAGGGUUUUCAAUUUUGAUUGUUUCGUUGAAUCAAUUGCUUUUUUUGCCCCUCUUUCUGCUAAUCGCCGGUUUUUGUUGAAUAUUGCAGCUGAUUAUAUUUUUGUGUUUCCUGAAUCUAAUUUGUAACUAUCUUGCUGAUAUCUAGAGAUCGGUUUUAUUAGGAUUGAUCAUUAAAAAAGGGGGAGGGCAUAUUUGAUUUUUUUUUUUUGGGGUUAGGGUUUGGAUUUCUUGGUUGUGUGCAUUAUACAAUUGAGCUUGAAUUUUGAUUGAGAAGAAGUUGUGGUUCUUAUUAAUAUGGCAGCAGGGCGGAUCGACGUUUCGAGGAGAAGGGUUUAUGAUGGUUACUCCAAUAAGUACUUUGAUCACUAUAGGAAAGGUGCUCGUGGCGUGGAUUUGAAUCGUGCUGUUGAGCAUGGUGUGGUAUACAAGAACGGGUACCCUAUUUCCUCAAAUGCGCGGAAUCUUUGUGUUCAAAGAAGUGGGCUUAGUUGCAGAGAUGAAGAGAGAGAGUUGGCUGAUUUGCAAAGUAGAACUGGCCUUGAUCAUUCCUCAAGGUUGGAGGACGGUGAGAUACCCAAGUCUGAUGAUGGAAUUCAGAUGCCUCCAGCCAAGAAAAGGAAAUUCUCCCCCAUUAUAUGGGACAUAGAGGACAAAGUAGCGACAAAAAUUAGAGCUGUCCCAACAAGUACUACCUCAUCUACAUUUUCUUCUUCACACGGGACUUGCAGUCGGGGACCGAAAAUUGUUCUAGAUGCAGGUAUUACAAAACAUGCUUCCCAGGAAAACCAGCAUAUAGGAUUGGAGAGUGUGUCAGAUAAGCCUUGUGAGACAGCAGGAUUGGUAGAUACUAAUGGAACCGAGUCCGAGUCUCUGGCAAAAUUGUCUCCUUCAUUUCCUCGAGAGAAGCACAGGGAUGAUAGCCAAGAACAAGGUGAAGGCGAGGAGGAGGAGUUUGCUGAAGCACGGAACAUAUCCAUGUCACGUUGGGCCUCUGACAGCGAUUCUCCAAAAGAUGCAAAUUUGUCUGAUGAUGAAGGCAUACCUGGAGAAAAUACACACAGAAAGGAGUUCAGUGCUGAGAGAAUGGAGUGUCAUAGGGAGGCUUUGGUUAUAGAUGGAUCAAGAUCAUCUGGAUUCAGUGAAAGAUAUUGCAGUUCGGGGGAAGAUGGUGAUGUUGUAAGCAAGUUGAAAAAUGUUGGUCCCGUGAAUGGUGAUGGGUUCCAGGGUGAAAAUGACAAUUUUAUCCAGAUCGAUGAUAUUUCGAGUCAUGUUGAAGAGUCUAUAGCUUCUACCCAAAGAGGCCUGAAUAUGCUUCAGGGUUGUAGAAGUGUGUACGAAUACGAGAAACUUCAUGAAAUUAAUGAAGGUACAUAUGGUAAAGUGUACAAAGCAAUUGAUAAGAGGACCGGGGAACCUGUGGCAUUGAAAAAAGUGAAGAUGGAUGUAGGAGGAGACAGGAACUUAGAAGAAUAUGGCUUCCCUUUAUCCUCACUGAGAGAAAUUAACAUUCUUUCAUCUUUUUAUCACCCCUCAAUUGUGAAUGUUAAAGAAGUUGUCAUGGGCAGCCUUGAUAGUGUUUUUAUGGUGAUGGAAUAUAUGGAACAUGAUCUCAAAGGGCUUAUGCAGAAAAUGAAACAGCCUUUUAGUACCAGUGAAGUAAAAUGUUUAAUGCUACAGUUGUUGGAAGGUGUAGAUUAUCUUCACGAUAACUGGGUGCUUCAUAGGGAUUUGAAGACAUCAAACCUCCUUCUGAACAAUCAAGGGGAAUUGAAAAUAUGCGACUUCGGGAUGUCACGCCAGUAUGGGAGCCCAUUGAAGCCUUAUACAUCUCUUGUGGUUACUUUGUGGUACAGGGCACCUGAGCUUCUGCUGGGAGCAAAACAAUAUUCAACAGCAAUUGACAUGUGGUCUGUGGGUUGCAUAAUGGCUGAACUAUUGACAAAGGAACCCCUGUUCAAGGGAAAAGGUGAAAUCGAUCAGCUUGGCAAGAUAUUUAGAAUUCUUGGGACGCCAAGUGAGACAAUUUGGCCUGGAUUUUCCAAAUUGCCGGGGGCUAAAGCAAAUUUUGUUCAGCAGCCUUAUAAUCUGUUGCGCAAGAAGUUUCCAGCCACAUCUUUCACAGGAUCUCCAGUUCUCUCUGAUUUGGGAUUUGACUUGUUGAACAAGCUUCUAACAUAUGAUCCAGAAAAGCGAAUAACAGCUGAUGCUGCCCUCAACCAUCCUUGGUUUCAUGAGGUUCCUCUGCCAAAAUCUAAAGAAUUCAUGCCUACUUUUCCUCCUCAGUAUGUGAAGAAAAGAUAGAAGCCAGACAGCUAGAAGCAUCCUACCGUAUCAGAGGAUGGGUAGGGAUUCUUCUCUUAGGGUGUCUGAGAAGCUCAGAAUUUCUCCGGAGGAGAUUGUCAGGACACGGGGUGUUAUCAGACACAGGUGGAUCAUAUGUUUUGGAAGAACUGUAUAAAAGUCUUCUUGCAGAUGCAUGUUUGUAAUUUUUUUUUUUUUUUUUUUUUCGGUAUACUUGAACUGAAAAUCGUGGCUGUUGACCUUUCUUUUUUGACAUUCAUCUUCGUGUUCAGGAUUGUGUCUUUCAAAAGAAAGAGAUUGAUUCAUAGUUCUAUGGGAGACGUUUCUUUCUUUGUAGUGAUCCUGUAUCCUCCUUGAGCUGUAAGGUCUUGAGGUGUUGACAGAAUUCUUUAGACAUCUGCCUUUCAGUUCUACCUGAGUUGGCUUGAGCUCAAGUUGUAAAUAAUUCAGCUUAGUCAUCUUAAUACUUAAGAAGUUUUAUCUUUAUUUUUUUUAAAAAUUUUUAUUGUCAAGCUGCUGUUUCACUAUUUCUCUUUCCAAUAAUGUUUGUUUGCAAGAGAUUACUAGAUUACUGUUGCAAGACGAGGGAGGAACAUCGAUGAUGUUUUUUCAAAGGUCGGAAAGAAGUGCACCAGGUAAACAAUAUUUGUUUAAUGCUAACCGAGUAUCUGGUACUGCUCUGGUAUGUUAGUGCGAAUCAAUUAUUAUUAUUAUUUUAAAGUGGUUGUGUGGAACUGCAGAGCAUUAAGAAAAGGAGGAGGAGAGAGAGAGAGGGGGGUGGGGGGUGCGUUUUUGUGUCUGUAUAAUGGGGUGUGCUUGUUUUCUGUCUGUAUAAUGUGUUUGCAAGUAUGGUUCUAUUCUACUCUGCUUGUAGUCAUGUUAUCAUCAGUUAGAUAAGCUAGUGCUUGGUAGUAGCUUUAUGGGGUCCAUUAUAAUGGACAAUGCCGGAAAGUUCAAUCCCUCUAUUUAAAUUUUCGCUUUAUUGUGUUCAAGUAGGGUAUCCAUCUAAUUAUCGGCCGGUUGACUAAUUUUUUUUAGAUUUGCAGUUGUGCAUAUGCUUCUUUUGGGUAUAUCUCUUCUCCUCUCGCAUUCUCUCCCCCUCACGAAGAUCAUGCUUGAAAUAUCCAAUCCACUUUCUGGAUUUUUAUCUCCCGCUUCUAUCAUUUCAUUGGGUGUAUCCUUGCAGCUUUGCUGUGUCGAAGUUGAUCAUGCAAAAGGACUAGAUUGAAGCCGUGCUAUUGAUGCGUCAUGUUACUAAUGCAAAGGAGAAGACAAGUUGGGAAUAUCUAAUUUGGCAGAGGGGAUCAUUUUUAAUUUAACUUGCCAUUUUUAUUUGUUUUACCAAACUAACUUGAUGUAAAUCGAUUUUAUUGCCAUCCCAUUUCACGAACAGAAAUAGCAAAGUAAAGGUCAUUAAUUA